AACUGGACACUUUUUACGUUGGCAGAACGUUUUUGGGAACGUUGGGAACUUUCAGGGAACGUUCUUAGAACUUUUUUCUGUUAGCUGGGAUUGUGAAACUAUGAACCUGGUACAAUUUUGUAAAGGAUACCAAUCUUGUUUGUUUACAUUUUGAUUAUACCACAGAGCUGUUGGAUUUUAAUCAUUCUGUGGAAUGCAUCAUUCUGAUUGGUUGACAAACGUUCUAAGGGUGUGCAUUAUUUUUUAGUAAACACACAUCUAUGAAAUAGUUUCAGGUCUGUCGACUGCAUUACAGUUCAAUAUCACUACGCCAGUUCCAUAUCACCCCAAUUAUGUUGUUGCCGCAUUUAUUUAUUUUGAAUAGUUAAAUGUUCCGUCGCCAAUAUUCCAUACUUACUCCUUCAGUCAAAUGCAGAGAUGAAGACCUGUUUUAAUGUACAUAAACAAACAAAUCUAGCCUUAGCAAAUCUUCUUUCUGCAUUCCACUUUAAAAACAUAAUCACAAUCUCUUUGUUUAAAUUGUAUUUAUUUGUAUGAAAUUGAUAUUUGGUCUCUUUUGAACUAAAUAGUUUGUUAUGAUAUCACAUCCCUGCUAAAAAAUAUAUAAUAGUUACUAUUACAUUAUCCAUUUUGAACCAUCAAAUGUUCACCAUUAAAACCAGUACAGGUCCCAUUAUAACCAUAAAUAUUUUUUUAUCAGUAAUGUACAUUUUCCAGACGUUGUUGCACGCUUAUUGCUCGUCAAUCUUCAUGCAGUUGAUGCUGUAACUGUUGUAUUUCAGUACAGUGAGCACAUUUAUAAACUCAGUGCUGUGUUUGAUCUUGUAAGGCGAUACUGUUAUUUCAUGUUGUUUUUCUGGCACACAAAAAUGCUGGCUUGAUGGUGCUGCAGUUAUAUAAAUGAGUGUAAUUUUGUUCGACUUCAUGCAGAGCUGCGCAGCCCGAUUGGCAUAUGACGUCAAAUUACCCCGAGACUCCAUACAUUUGACGUCAUACACCGAUCGGUCUGCGCAGCGAUGGAUGAAGUCGAGUUUUGUUCAUUAUUUUAAGCACUUUCAACAGAUUGGAUGGAAGACUUUAAAUGUACUCUUUGUAUUGUAGAGGUCGAUUACGUGAUUUGCACAGAUUUGCUCGUAUUUCUUCCUAUACUUGAUGUCUAUAUUUGAAAUAAAUCCUAAUAAAAUACUUGCAGUGUUUUCAAAGCGUCUCCUGUCACUUUUUGAAUUGCGCGUGCGCACUCUAGCGGUCUCUGUCGGUGGCGUCACCGUAGCCAAGCGCGCGGAAGCGUUGCUGAGGAAGUAGAAUCAUGGUUCCUUCCGGAUUGAAGUCGCAGGGAAGGAGGACAGGCACACGUGCGAACCUUUACCUAAAGUUCCUGCUGAUCCUGGAUCAUAAAAGAGAGUAAAAUAAAGAUGCAAAAACCAAGAGAUGACUUUUCAGACCUUUCCUGACAAAAACUGACACGUGUAAUCAAACAAGAGGAGCUUUAAAUCUGGAGAUGGCGGUCGAUGGAACGUUUAAAGAGAAGAAGAAGAAGAAAAAAAUUAAGGAAGGUAAACUGGGUGGAACCAAAAAUAUUGCACAAUAUCACCCCACUUCUGUCCAGGCAAAUGCUAAAACUGAACAAUCAGAUGUAAAGAUCUGUGAUGGAGGGCAACAUGAGCAUGAUGCUACUAAAAAGAAAAAGAAGAAAAUCAAAGAGGAGAAAGUAAAAAAAAACAACCUUGUGUCUUGUGAAGCGUCUGUCAAGACUGCUGUUAAAACAGAACCCAUGGGAAUAAACAGUGGUAAAAGAGGCCAAGAAGAAAAUGAUGUUCCUCAGAAGAAGAAAAAGAAGAAGAACAAAAAAGAGAUGGAACAUGUUCAAGAAGAAGUGAUGGAAGUCAAGAUGGAUGGAGAUCAUUUGGAGUCGUCGAGGGUAAAGAAAGUGAAGAAAAAAAGAGAUAAACAGAUGGAGGUGAAUGUCACCAAAACUGGAGAAAUAAAGAAAAAGAAGAAGAAGAAGGAAGUCGAGGUCAAAGAAGAAGAGGUUGAUGUAGGAAACAAUGGAGAGAUAGACAAGAAAAAGAAGAAAAAAAGGAGGAAUAUCGAAGAUGAAGUACUAAACCCAAAAGCAGAGGAUGGAGAGAUCAAGAAGAAAAGAAAAAAGACACAGGCACAUGUAAAAACUGAAGAAAGUGAAGCAUGCAUAGGUGACGAACCAACAAAGAAAAAGACGAAAAAAGAAAAAAACACCAGUUUAAAGACUAAAAGUAAUGUAGAAUGUGUGAAAGUGAUUGAAGAGAAGGUAAAAACAAAGAAGAAGAAGAAAUUGGCUCCAGUAGAAGACGACGUGGAGGAGAUAAAUGCACAGAAAAAGAAGAAAAAAAGAUUAGAAAGCAUAGAUGAGGGCCCUGCAUGCGUGAACGGGAUGAAAGAAAAGGCAAAUGUCACAUGUGAUGUCAUAGGAAAGGUGAAGACGUCAGACCAGAAGAAGAAAAAGAACAUCAAGGUGAAGGUUGAUGAUGUCACAGAGAAGAUAAAGGAGGAGCUAGUGAAAAAGAAGAGGAGUAAAAAAGACAGGAACGAGUCCACAGAAAAGGAUGAUAUUGUGUUCCUGUCGGCAAAGCCUGGAAAUCAGGAUGAAGUUUCUAUAGACCAGGCUCGUCGGCUCGCCCUGCAGAAGGAAAUUGAUCAGGAGUCACAACCUGAAGUGAAUGUCGGCCAGUGGAGCACAGCUCAGUUUGACAGCUCUGAAAGACAAGCUAAGUUUCUGCGACUGAUGGGCGGGUUUAAAAAGAGCAGCCAGCCAAUCACAGGAAGCACUGGGCGGGCAAACAUGGCCCUAGGAACUGAAGGUCAACAGACAUUACAGCAAGGCCUUCUGGGAGAAUUUGAGCGUGCGCAGAGUCGGCACAUGGACUUCGGGAGUAGAGGAACCGGGUUGGGAUUUUCACCUCCGUCCAAUAAGAAGUUCGCAAUUGAUGUGAACGCACGGAAGUCGAUACGGUUUGAUGACUGAGAUGAAUUGGCACACAAAUUUUUUGUUUACUCAGGUUGACAGCUGUGGCCAUGAAGAGCCUUUAAAAUUUCACAAAAAACAUCAUACAGGUUUGGAACGAAAGGAGCAAGACUAAACCAUGACAAUAUUUUUUGUGAACUACUUGUGUAAACUAUUAAUCUCAAUCAUUUAUGACCUGUUAUAACAAUUACCUGUAAAUAAAAUGCAAACUACCGAAGAGUCUUUGAUAUAUAACCACCAGUCUUCACUAAAUUAAUUUACUCGGAUGAAAUUUUUAAGAUGUAAUUAACUCAUAAGAAUUAGAUAUAUCACCAAAGGCUCUUUAAAUGUCUUAUUCAGUGAUAUUGAGGGAAAUUUUUGAGGUUUGCAGUGUUUAUUUUUUUAUAUAUAGAGAUAAGUCCAGUGCUUUAUUGUUUUACAAAAUGCUACAUUAAAGCCAAGCGUGAACUUUU